AAAAAAAUAACUUGAGUCGGUCAAUAAAGCUAGCGGUUUGACACUAAUCCAGUUUCCCUGCUUCGCCGUCUCCGCCACUAUACAAUCACAGUUGCGCCACCACUGCUCGCCGGGAACUAUUAGCAAAUCCCUUGACGUACAUACAUGGAGGAAAAGACAAAGACCAUACAGGAACUGGCAAUCGAGGGACAGAAGCACUUGGAAGAAACAAUCGAAGCAGCGUAUGAGAUUCUCUCCGCCAUGAACGAUGAGCUUUGCAACCCUACUCUUUGGUCUACCACUCCCUCGUCUGCCGCUGCACCUGCUUCCGCCAUUUUGAGCAACGGCCACCACGCAAGCGGCGAGGUUUCAUCCGAUUCGUCGUCCUCUUCGUCCACUCACCACUUUGAUGUCGGCGGUGGAGCCCUCGAUGAGUCUCGUCUUCGUUACAAGUCCUCUGUUGCGGCUCUGCGAACUGUUCUCACUGCCAUUUCUAAUUCACAGAAGGCUAAAGCACUUGAAGUCGCUUCAAAUGGUCCAACAUCACCUGCAGAUGAGGCUGAAAUUGAGCAGCUAGAAGAUCAAGCCUGUAACUUGAGAAAGGAGCUCACAGAGAAGAACAAGCAUCUGAAGCACCUAAUAGAUCAGUUGCGAGAUGUUAUUGGUGACAUAUCGACCUGGCAAAGCCCUUGUUCUGUAUAAAAGUUUGGCAAGUCUUGUGAGGCCGGAUUCGUAGAAGUAGGAAGUAGAAAGCAUUAAUCUGUGAUUGAUGUUCAAGAAGAAGAAGCAUCAAUUAAUGAUGUAAACAUGCUUUGUUGGUGUGAUCUUGAGAAGGCUUCUCCAAGCAGAUCUCAUGUAGUCAUGUUCAAGCAACAUGAAUUGGUUUUGAACUAAAUUUAUAUUAUGUUUGAAUUGUUUAAUUAUAAUCUAGUUUUAACAGCUUUGUUCUUUGAUA